AUGCCCACACCCACACCCACACCCACGCCCACGCCAACUAACUGCUCCAACAUCGGCACACCCAUCAUCAUCUCCGGCACGCCAUACGCCGCCGCCCCCCACCACAGGGCAGAAGGCCGGCCCAUCAUCGUGUCGCACUACGGGCCCGGUGGGGUAAUGGGAGGAGGUACUGGGGGAACGCCGCUUAUCGUGCGAGGGGGAAAACGAAGAACGCUGGCUGUGGUAGAUGUAGAUGAAGAGGUGGAUGAGGUAAAGGUGGAUGGGCCGGAUUGUACGUGUGCGGCUUGUACGUACGAGGUGAAGACGGAGCAGGGUUUUUUGUGA